UAUUGGGAUUCUAUCAAGUCAGAUCGCUUCACUUGAAAUGGCAUGUGAAAUAAAGUAUACGAUCUUCUGUAACUACUUGCUUCAGUCGGGUCUGCUCUUGCUGAUGCUCAACAACAACGUUACUAAUGGGACUAUCUUUAAAUUGACAAAUGCGGUCUGUGAAUCCCAUAACAAGUCCUGGGUGGAAAUCAAUCAAUGUCGACUGAAGGCCGUGCAACGAAACAAGGCCAUCCUCAAUAUAAACCUUUAUAUCUUAUAUCCUGCGUACGAUAUCAAGGCCAGAGCGCAGAUCCUGACAAAGGCCAAUGGCUACAAGCCUUGGCUUUUUGAUGUCACAGUCGAUGUCUGCAAGUUUAUGCGAAAAAACAACAAUCCGACUUUCAAAUUGAUUUUUGAUAACUUCAAAAAUUUUACAACACUGAACCAUACGUGUCCCUAUUAUGGCAAUCAAAUUGUUAAGGAUUAUUAUCCCACAGUCAACAGGCUUAUAAAGUUUCCAACAGCUGACUAUUUAUUUAUUCUAACCUUCAUAUUUCAUAAACAGAAAACUAUUGAAGUAAAAGUUUACUUUUCAAUUGUCGAAGAUUUAAUAUAG